CUGUUCUCCGUUUGGACCAAGGAGCACAUUGCUUGCAGGGAGAUAAAUGUACACCCAUGGAACUUCAGCCCUGGCUUGUGGUCUCUCUCAUUGUACUAAAAGCUUUCACAUCACAGUCUAGUGACUAGCGUCAAGCCCCACCCAGCGCCAAUGUAUGUUUGCUCGCAUGCUGACCCCGUGGGACAGGCAAGACUUUCGGGACCAGCCUUUGUCUCUUUUUCAAUCCUUUUUCUUUCUCUUUCUUGUCAACCCUUUAUUUGCGAGCCAACUCUUUCUCACUUUAUUACCCCCUCGCUUUUGCUGGGCUGUGGAGGCGUGUGCGAUCCUUUUUCCUAUUACCUAUUCUAAACAUGUGCUUCCCACGAUAUGCAGCCCAAGUAGGAACGAACCAAUAACCGAACCGCUGCCUGUUGCACCCUUGACAAGUUUCUGCGCAGAUCCGUGCCGGUGCUUCGGGUACAGGGUGAGCUUCAACAAUAGAAAACACCUCCGAACCCCCUUUUUCAUUUUCCCCUCUUGGGUUCAGUCCGCUCAGCCACCUGCAGACUGCCGCCUGUCUGGGUUGAGCUGGGUUGCGAAACUGAACUCUAUCAGUAUCUCUGCCCCACUGCUGAGGUUGCUUAGUGUAAUUUCUCACAUCCAGGCUAAUGAUUAACUCGGAAUUGGAUACAUAAAAAGCGUGCCUCAUCAGGGAUUUCCCUGUGAGAAUUUGGGUUAGAAUCUGCGAGCUGUGCCAACACCUAUUCUCCGAUAUCGUGCAGGUGGCUGAUUGAGCGGACAAAGUGUUG